AUGUCAUAUGUCCACAUACCACCCAUCUCCCCCGGGACCAGGACCAAUCAGGCAAAGUGCUGUCCCCCCCUUGAACCUCUUAACAUCUGCCCUGCCGAAGAAGCUCCUGGAUAUCUCCUGUCACCUUACCAUUAUCCUCCUGUGGUGCACAGUUGGAAGAAAGCAAUCUUGUCUCCAGUGUGUCACAGCAGUCUGCACAUCCCAAACACUGCUGUUCCAGGUAACUACAACUGA